AUGAGUGAAAAAAAAUUAAAACGAAAUGACAAAAAACACAAUCCGGGUUUUUUGCCCCAAGAAUAUUUGUCCUCGGAGAACUCCCAAUGUACUGAUAACAAAAAAAGUAAAAUAAAUUAUGAAAAUGAUGUUAAACUUCCAAAGAAAAUUAAGACUGAAGUAAUUGAUUCUGAGACGAAUGAGUCAUCGGAUUUUGAUAUUGAGAAAAAGAAGAUAACAAAAGAGGUGGUAAGUGAAGAAGAUAGAAAAGUUCAAAAAAGUAAAAAAAAGAAAAAAAAUAUUUCUGAUGAAAAUCAAGUUUUUAACAAUAUAAAACAAAAACCCAUUGUCGAUAAUCAGUCUGAUGAACUAUAUGUAAAAAAAGAAAAGAAAAAGAAAAAGAAGAAAGAUAUUGAGAGUGAUUUAAAUACGGAAAUUACAAAUAAAAACAGAUUGAAACUCGAGAGAGUUGAUCCAAGUACAACUGAUGAUGAAGCUGAGGUUAAAAAAAAGAAAAAGAAAAAAUCGCAUGAUAAUUAUAUGCAAAUUGAUAAUUCAAAUAGUGAAGAAUGUAGUAAUGGAAAUACAAUAGAAACAAAUGAAACUUUGAAAAAGAAAAAACAUAAACGUCGACGAGAAUCUACUGAAAAUGAAUUAAUUCAAAAUCAGAAUUCACAAGAAGACACUAAUGAUAAAGUAAAAAAGAAGAAAAAACGUAAACAUGAUAUUGAACGUUCUGAGGACAGUGAACUAGUGAAAGAGUCAACUAAUGAAUUUAUUUCAACAAAUAUGUCGAUAAAAGUGGAGUCUCUUUCGGAUGAUGAAUCUGUAGGCUUAGCCAAAAUUGAGAAAAAGAAGAAGAAAAAGAAAUCUAAGAAAUCAAACGAACAAGAACAGAGGGAUGAAAAUAUAGACCCUUCAUCUGGCAACAUUAAAUUCGAAAAGCAGGAACUUACCGAGCAUGUGGAUAAAUUGAAAAAGAAGAAAAAAAAAUUGGAAUCUGAUUCUACUGUGAAUUCGUCGAAAGAAAACGUCAAGAAAAGAUCAAAAAAGGAGAAAAAAUCGAGUUCUGAAUCUGGUGAGAUUGUUACUGAAGAAAAAGUUAAAGAAUUUAAGAACCCAAAAAAAAUUGAGUUGAAUAAUAAAAGUGAUAAUGAGUCGAAUUCUGAUAAUGAAAUGAAUUCAUAUAAUUCGAAUAGCAGUGAAGAAAGCUUGAGAGAAGAAGAGCCGAAAAUUAAUACAAUCGCUAAGAAAAUUGAAAAACAAAGAAUUCAAGUGGAACAAAAUAUAUCAGAUUCUGAACUUUCCGAUGAAGAAGACGAUGAAGAUUAUGACGAAGAAGAAACACUACCACGGAAAAGAAGACAUAAGUCAAUAUUUGAGCAACACCCUAAACUUGCGAAAAUUAUGACUGAGUCUGAUGAUGAGCAAGAUGAACUUCAGUACCAGCAAUUGAAUAUACUUGAGUCAAAGCAACUAUCAGAUCUUGUGGUAAAACUAAUUCACCAUGUCUUGCCACAACACAACGUAGAAAAAAAUGCAGGCACUCGUCCACUUAGCAAAGAAGAAAAAGAACGUUUUAAAAAAUAUGCGCCUCUGAAGAUUGGAUUUUUCUCUCCAGAUGAAGACAGCCGGAUUGUUCAUAAUUGGAAAAAAUUUUGCAAGGAACAUGAUUGGAAAAGAUCUUUAGUCCAUCCGUUUACAAUCUGGAAACGUAAAGGUUUUUAUUUCAUCUCAAAAGUUGAAGAACGAAGAAAGUUCGUUCAAUUUUUAGCACAUGGGUUGCCUAAUCGUUCUCUUUACAGUAUCUUUGGAAGAUUUAAAAAUUUAUAUGCGACUCACAAGCAAAGCAGGUAUACUCAAGCAGAAGAUAAUAUCAUAUUGAAAACAAUAAAUGAUCCUACAGUUAAGCAUCCACAAGUAGUUUUAGCUAAACGACUAAACAGAACUAGGCAAUCAGUAUGGCGACGGAUACAGAAGCUCUCAAAAGAAUCUGAUUCCGAUUAA